GCUUAUAGUUACAAUGCACACGAUGUUAAUGUAGGUACUCAGUUGUAUAACGUGAUUGCUACUUAAAAUUUGAGCGCGUUUUUUGAGUAAGUAAUUGUUAAAUGGGUUUAAUUUUAUGAGAAUUUCUUUUAUGUGAUUUUUACGACUUGUGUGUACUUCUGUACGUCCUUGGUUAGUUGUUAUUUAGGGUUGUUGUUUACCGUUACCGACGUUUGUGCGAAGAUACUCAAGAUUUCCUCGUGGCCUGGAUCCAAGACGCUGCGCAAACGCAGUGCGCGAGAUCACACCGCGACGCGCACACGCGCGCUCCGACCGCCAUCUUUAUAACGCAUUAUUAAAUCUACAAUAUUUAUUGUAGUUAAAAUUAAAUUAAAGUGAGAAUUGUUUGAAAAGUGGAACCAAUAUGGCGUCUUUACUUCUUGUGUUUGUCGCGUUUGGAUUCAUUUCACAGAUUGACUGCAGCAGCCAAUAUGAUAACUACACACUCAUACGCCUGCACCCAACUUCAGUGGAACAUCAGAAAUCCGUGACGCAGUUUAAUGAUCCUACGGGAGAAAUCGAAAUUAUGAAGGAGAGUCGCGGCGUCAAUGACACUUUGGACAUAUUGGUACCACCAAGUAGAAUGAAAUUUGUGCAUGAGUACGCAAAUACUAACGGACUAGUGUUGGAAGAAAAACAACCUAACUAUGGCAGGACUUUAGAAGAUGUGCCAGAUAGACUUCCAAGGAGAAGAAUUCUGGAGCGUUUUGGCGUAUUCAAUUACAAUUCAUACGAUAAAAUGCAAGAGUUCAUUGAAGCCAAAGCACAGAAAUAUGGUGCCCUGGUGCAGCUGCAGGACCUUGGCAAGAGUUUCCAGGGUCGCAAGAUGAGGCUCGUCAAGAUAUCAACCAAACCAAGUGCUAACAAUCCUAUUAUAUUUGUUGAUGCAGGUGUUCAUGGCAGAGAAUGGGUAGCACCAGCAAUGGCACUAUAUUUGAUUGAUCGUCUGACUAUCGACCCUAGGGGCUUCCUGAGAGGUGGAGAGCUGGAUGGUGUCGACUGGUACAUCCUACCCCUGGUCAAUCCUGAUGGUUAUGAAUACACCAGAUCUAGCAGAAGUAAUCGCAUGUGGAGGAAAACAAGAUCAAAACAUGGCGCCAGCCAUUGUUACGGCGUUGACGGUAACCGGAACUACGGCUUCAAGUGGGCAGUAAGUGGGGUAUCCAGCGAUCCUUGCCACAAAGAGACAUACGCUGGUCCUCAGCCUUUCUCUGAACCCGAGACGCAAAUGGUCAGAAAUGUUAUGAUGGACAACGCAAAGCGGAUGAAGUUGUACGUAUCACUGCAUUCUUACGGUCAAUACUUGGUCUACCCAUGGGGAUAUACAGGAGAAUAUUUGCCUAAACAAUGGAAGAAACUGGAUAAUAUGGCAAAAGCAGUAUCGGACGCUGUAGAGCGAGCUGGAGGGCAACCAUUCAAAGUCCUCAGCGCUGGUAAAUGGUACCCUGCGGCCGGCGGGAGCGAUGACUUUGCCUUUGGAGCUGCAGGAGUCCCAUAUUCCUAUACCAUGGAGUUGACUGAAGGACAUGAAUUCGCAUUCCCUGAAAACCUUUUAGGAACAGUAUUACCCCAGUUCUAUGAGGGAUUCAAAGAGUUUGGUGCUCGAAUCAGGGCUGAAUUUGGUAACCAAAGGAAAAAGAGAGAGAUCUUGGAUACACAGUGACUUGUUGAAGACUGACAUCAUGAAAUAGGGUACGAUUAUAGUGAAUAAGAAUAAAAAUUUAAAACGAAUUGGUUUUAUUGAUUUCCAAACAUUUUAUUGCUGCAGCAAUAUUUUUCAUGAUUCUUGCAAUAGUAUCGACACGUGACCGUUGACCAGUGAACGUUGACAUGCAAAGAGAUGAAUAAUUUUUUACUAAUAUUUUUAUUUACAUUAAUUGCUGUGAUUAUUAAAACAAAUGAUGCUUCAAGAUGUGGUUGUAAAAACUUAAGACAUUGCUACGGGGAGAUGUUACAUACGUUACUGGAUAGAGAUGAAGCAGCGUGUAUAGAAGAUGCGGCAAUUGGUGCAAGUACGGUGACAAUAUUUUUGAAAGCCAUAAGGGAAUACUGUGGAGAUGUAAUGAACGUUAUAAGUGAACAUAUGACUUAUGAAGGGAGACAUUUAUAUGAGGUAGUCCUAACCAAAGACCGUCCACCUUCCGAUAAAUCAGAAGACCAGCAAACAAAGCCAACGAUCAUCAUCGAGGCUGGACAGCAAGGAGGCACAGAAUCCGUAGGGUUGGCCCUUUAUAUAAUAGAACAAUUGGUCGCGUGUGAGGACUACGAACCCAUGCUCCAGUACGUCACCUGGGUUAUACUGCCCUGUACCAACCCUGAUGGACAGGAGUACUCCAGAUAUAGUCAAGUUUCGUGGAAAAAGAAUCUGAGACCUUCAGAAGAUCAACUAAGUUAUGGCGUGGAUAUAACACGGAAUUUCGAUACUCAAUGGGGUUCUUGUCCCAAAAUCGAAUCUGGAUUUUCACCAAUCUACCCCGGAGUUGGACCGGCUUCAGAAAAUGAAACAAUGUUCAUUAAGAGCGUUAUCGCGAAACAUAAAAAAGAGGCGAAGAUUUACGUGUCAUUAAAGCGCGACGGACAUUCAAUUCAUUAUCCGUACGGGCACACCAAGAGCGCUCCCAGCAACCCGACACAGCUGCAUCGCGUGGCUGGUGAUAUAGCAAUGCGAGUCAAUCAAAGAACUGGUGGCGUGCAUUUGUUCAUGAACACCAGUGUGUUCGACUACGAGGGCAAGGCCCACUGUGGACACAGCGUCGACUACGCGUACGAGAGCGGUAUCCCAUUGUCUUAUGAAAUGCGUGUUUUCCUCGGAUCGGACAACAAAAUAAUGACCAAGUUUCAAUCCUUACCACGGGGAUACGAUAAUUCUCUAAGAAAUGGAUAUUUCAGUGGCAUAAGAGAAAUGUACAACGUACUCACUAACGAGAAGAAAUACGGUAAAAUUACAAAAUAAACCUUAUUUUUAUAAA